AUGGAGUCUUUGAUUCUUCUAGACUCUCUACUACAAGUGAUGAAUAUUAUCAGUCGCAGCAGGCCUUCUGCAUAUUUAGAGAUACCUGUGAAAGUUUUCACCUACCGUUUGGGAGAGAGCCAUCACCAUGACACAGAUCAUUCAGAUCCUGAUGUUUACGUUCUUGAGUUCUUUCUUCCCAGUACUGUCAGUGCCAAUCCACAAGAAGUUUUGGAACUUGUAUUAUUGACAGUGAAGAAGCAUCUCAGUGGAUUUAUUAUCGGAUCCGGGCAAAAUUUUGAAAGCGGAUUCGAUGUUCAGGUGUUAAGUGUUUCAGAGGAAGAUGAUGAACAAAAACUUAUAAGAUUGUCCUCCGAUAGCUGUACUGGUGGUUCAGUUGGCCUUUUGGAUCAGAAGUCCCCCAUGUCCACCGAACAACCACCCACUUAUUUCCACAAACAACAUGGCUCUAUCUCUAUUGCAUCUGCACUGAAAGACGACCACUUUAACACUUCGUCAAUGAGUACUGGAGUUGAGAAUCUUCACCUUAACCCUGCUUUGAUUGGUUGUUCUCCGAAUAAUAAGGAUGUGCAUCCAUCUACACUGAAGCGAAAAUGUAGGGCUCUUGGCAUAGAAAGGUGGCAUGAGCGCGACAAAGCUCAAGGUGGGACUUGCCCUGCUUCCAGGACCGGGCCUGGCAAACAUAGUGACAUGAACGAGAUGAAUCAUGAAUUUGCUGGUUUUGCUGAAAACGAUACGACAUUCAGAAAGAACCUAGCUUCACCAGUGGCAGCAUUGCCCGACAGUAGUUUUAUGACCAUAAAGACUAGAUACGGAAAAAAUGUGAUAAAGCGGAAGUUGCAUCGAGACUCAAAUUAG